GACUUACGUGUCACUCUCAACACAUCUGUAUAUAUUCGUAGUGUUAAAAUCUUUAUACAUUUGUAAAGUUUGUGUGCCUGGAUUUCGGUUAAACAAAAUGCCUCGUCAAGUACCACAACGCUAUGGAAUUGACCCACCCAAGCAGUCAUGCCUUUGCAAGUCGAAAUUGGAUCAGCCUGUUGAACAGAAGAACCCAUUGCAAUUCCUUGAGCGCCAGAGUGAUGCGAAACUGGUCGUGCAUUGGACUCGCGCCGAAGGACAAACCGGAACCCUUUCACCCAUUAAAUUGUUGCCUCCUUGGUAGUGCUGACGAGCCAAAAUUGUAACAAUCAUCAAUAAAAUUAAUUGAUAGUUAAAUAUA